AUGCCAUAAAACCAUUUAUAACAUAAAACGCAUAUAAGAGAUUUUUCAAUAGCUUAAUAAUAAGAAUAUAGUAGAUAUAAUGAUAUAUUUUCUUCUGCAUUAUAAUCUUUAAAAGAUGAAGGAAAAUAUAGAACUUUUAAUUAUAUUAAAAGAAUUGCUGGAGAGUUUCCUUUGGCGUCAUAUACAGAUGCAAAUACUGGUUAAACAAAAAAAAUUACCGUUUGGUGUUCUAAUGAUUAUCUUGGAAUGGGAUAAAAUCCCAUAGUGUAGGAAGCUAUGAUAAAUGCUAUUUUAGAUACAGGAGUAGGUGCAGGAGGUACGCGAAACAUUGGAGGAAGUAGUGUAUAUCAUACAGAGUUAGAAAAAGAAAUCGCUGAUUUGCAUAAUAAAUAAGCUUCUAUUAUAUUAAGUAGUGGGUUUGUGGCUAAUUAAGGGGCAAUAAAUGCUAUUACGAAAGUCUUAAAAGAUGUAGUUUAUCUUUCAGAUGAAAAAAAUCAUGCAAGCAUUAUUGAGGGAAUAAAAAAUAGUAGGGCCGAUAAGAUAGUUUGGGAACAUAAUAAUAUUGAAGAUUUGGAAAAAAAGUUAAAAAGUAUUCCUUAUGAUAGACAUAAAAUUAUAAUAUUCGAAUCUGUAUAUUCUAUGUCUGGAUCCAUUUCUCCAAUUAAGUAAAUUGUUGAUUUAGCUAAAAAAUAUAAUGCAAUGACUUUCAUUGAUGAAGUACAUGCUAUUGGCCUUUAUGGAAAAAGAGGAGGUGGUAUAGCUGAAUAAGAAGGAAUAAUGGAUUAAAUUGAUAUUUUUUCAGGAACUUUAGGAAAAGCUUAUGGAUGUGUUGGAGGAUAUAUUUCAGCUAAUUCACUAAUUAUUGAUUGUAUCAGAAGUUUUGCUUAAAAUUUCAUUUUCACUACUUCUAUUCCACCUUGUGUAGCAAGUGCUGCUAAAUCUUCAAUUGCUUAUGUAAAGGAGCAUAAUGAAUUGAGAUAAUAAUUGCAUUAUGUUGCUAGGUAAGUUAAAUUUUAAUGUGAGCAAAACAAAAUACCUAUAAUUCCUAAUAAAUCUCAUAUUAUUCCUAUUUUUAUUGGUGAUGCUAUAAAAGCUAAAAUGGCAAGCGAAAUUCUUUUGAAAAAAUUCAAUAUAUAUGUUUAACCUAUUAAUUAUCCUACUGUUCCUAAAGGACAAGAACUUUAAGAGUUUCUCCGACUCCUAAUCAUAAUGAAGAAAUGA